AUGUCUCCUCCCGGUUCCCUUUACGUCACGAUGCAGCCCAAGCCUGGGCUGUCUCUAGACCAAUUCCAUGAAUGGUAUAACAACGAGCACGGCCCAACCCGUCUGCGCAUUCCUCAGAUCUUCGCCAACGGUCUUCGAUAUAAGGCAACUGAUAGUCAGGAGCCUGAAUACCUCGCCUCGUAUGAUGUGACGGACAUGUCACUGCUCGAAACCGAGACGUACCUCACACUGCGUGCAAACCGAUCUCCUCGAGAAGCCGAGACCAUUGGGCAAGUCGACGUCAAGCGAUAUUUCUGGGACUUGGUUCACACCCACGCAUCCUCGCAGUUUACGCCUUUCGAGAAGUUGUCGGACGAGCAGGCCGAAGGUCACCAGCUUACUGCCGUCACAAUUGACCUGAACGACACCGAGGGAGCUGAAGAGGGCUAUCAAAAGUGGUUAGUCGAGGAGCACGUCCCCAUGUUGGCCAAGAUCCCAGGGUGGUUGCGCUCUCGAGUCUUCAAGACUUCGUAUCUUGAGGGACAGGCCAAGACCACCUUCCUUGCGCUUCAUGAAUAUGCUAAGGAGAAUGGCCAAGGUGGAGAGGCGCACAAGGCGUCCAUGGAUACUCCUUGGCGCACCGAAAUCUUUGACAAGUUUGUCGCUUCUAAAGGACGACGAACAUACUCGCUGUUCUAUGUCUUUGGUCCAGCUCCCCGGGAGCUCCAUUCUCUAUCGAAGCUUCCAUCCACAGCUGCUUUUACCUCGCCUGAUUCCAGGCAGUCAACGACACCUGGGCCCAACGCUGCUAUUGACUCAUUUAUUACAACCUCAGAUUCUUUGAAUAUCCCCUUUCGCUUGGAGGGUAACCCCGAUCCCAAGGCUCCCACUGUCGCAUUCUGCAAUUCGCUUUUGACUUCAUUGCACAUGUGGGACCCUUUUGUGGAAAUCCUCAAGCGCGAGCGACCUGAUCUGCGUAUUCUCCGAUAUGAUACCCGUGGCCGACAUGCCGUACCUCAACCUCCUGUUGCCGCCACCAUUGACCAAUUAGCCGAUGAUCUGAAGACUGUGCUUGAUGCUUUCCGUAUCACAAAACUUCACACACUCAUCGGUGUUUCAAUGGGCGGCGUUACUACCCUAAACUUCGCCAUCAAGUAUCCCGAGCUGCUCCAGCAGUUCGUCGCUUGCGACUUCAACCCCACGUCAAGCGACGCAAACACACAGGCUUGGAAGGACCGCACAGCUAUGGCUGAGGAAGACGGCGGUAAGGGAAUUAAGAAGCUUGCUGAACAAACCGUGCAGCGCUGGUUCCACCCCUCCACCAAUGCCGAGACUGUCAAGUGGAUGGUUGAUAUGGUGGCUACCAACAAUGUUGAGGGCUUCAAGUACAGCAACACAGCUCUAUGGAACUACGAUCUCAAGCCCAAAAUGGGCGGAUGCAAGGUCCGCGGUUUGUUUGUGGCCGGAGAGGAGGAUGCGAAGGGUGCUCUUCCCAAGGCUAUGGAUGCGAGCAGAGGACUUCUCGGAGAUAAGGGCGCUGAACUGAAGCUCGUUCCUCAAACCGGUCACUUGCCCAUGUCUGAGAACCCUCAGGCUUUCUGGGAGGCUAUUAAGGAAUUCUUGUAA